AUGGCGCAAUCUGGCGACGUCUGUCCCACGGCCUCGCCGAACGAGGCGGGCCGCUCCGGUCCCGAGCACACUGUCACCCUCGACGAUCUGAUGGUGGUGGUGUCGGUGAUCAUGGGCCUCCUCGCAGUUCUCCUCCUGGUCCGUGGCCUCCUCGGCCGCCUCUCUGGAGGCGCCACCACUCAUCCCACCGUCCGCUUCUUCCUGUGGGUCGUCUUCGCCCUCUUCCUCCCUCUCACGUCAUACAUGUUCUCCGUGGCGAAGAACUUGGACCAAGUUCUCCGUUGGCAGCUUAUCCUGCUGUGGAUGCUCCUGGCCGAGCUCCUCCGCAAGAAGCUCGACGGCGUCAGCACGAUAAACGCCUCCCCUCUGCAGGGCGUCAACAAGCAGUCGACGUGGGAUGCCGUCGACCAGAUCGUGCGCAUCGCGUGGCUCGGCUACCUGAUCUAUGGGUACACAGUCGACCGGGUAUUCGUCAUCCUCUGGGCUUUCAGCAUCAUCAAGGUCGCGCAGAGAGUCGCUGCCGUCGAGGUAGCCAAACGCUCCUUCGCCUUGGGGGAAAACCCGCACCUUGUUGCGGGUUACAUGCGCCAAUUGUUCGCAGAACAACAACAAGAAACAGCAUCAACCGGAGGAGGAGAAGAAAGAUCAAUGUCGACUGUGAUGAAGGCAUGCAAGUACGUGAUCAUGGGAGAAGACAGGGUGGAGAGAGAGACGGGCCCUCACGGCUACAGUCUCCAGCUCUCGGUUGACGAAGAUAGGAAGAAGAUGGUGACCGUCGGUGACGUGUGGCAACUGGCUGCAAGCGACGACACCCUUUUUACCUCCCGGCGGCUGAAGCUCAAGGACCUCUGCCUUUCCUUCGCGCUCUAUAAGCUACUGCGGAGGAGGUUCGAGGAGUAUCCAUCUGCUGAGGCCGGCCGCCACCAGUCCCUAGACUUCUUGCUGUGCGGCAUGCUCGGGGACGACAAAGACAUCAGUCCCCGCGACAGCAGAUUGCCCAAAGAGCACAAGGGCGAGAGGAUCUUCCGUGUGAUUGAAGACGAGCUCAGCUUCCUCAGCGACUACUACUUCUCCACAAUCCUCAUCACGCUGUCGAAUCUCUGGUUCUUCCUCCUCAACUGUGUGGUCACGCUCAUCAUCCUUUUCUUCUGCUGCAUCGUGAUCUUUAUCUACGUCCUCAGUGAGCGCGAUGGCGUUCUCGGCUGCCUCCUCGAUGAUCAGGACGCGAGAGGGACCGUCAUGUACGAUCUGAUCAUCACCCUCCUCCUCAUCGCCACACUUUUCUUGCUGGAGUAUGCGGAGGUCGUCGUCUACGUGCUCUCCGACUGGGUCAUGGUCUCCCUCCUCUGCACCUACGCAAAGAAGCCGUCGUGGCGGCGAUCUGCGACCAUCCGCUGGGUCCUGACCAUGCUGCGGAGGGUGAAGACCUGCCUGAAGCGUCCCGACCUCAAAUUCAACCAGCACAACAUCUUAGAACCUCGCGGCCGCACCCUGCAGAUCUUCUCGCACCUCGUGCUGCGCCGCCGCUUCCUAAAAGUGCAGUUGAUGAUCUUGAAGCCGGUGCUGGGCCGCCGCUUCCUCGGUGUGCGGUCGACGCCCGUACCGAAGGAGGUGAAGGCGGCGAUCGUGAAGUAUCUCAUUGACAGCGGAGGCCAAGGGCCUGCUCCGCACAUCGGAGAGUCCGUGCUGCAGCAGAACGGUGCAGCGGGAGAGGAGCUGCUGCAGGCGUGCAAGAGCAACGGUGCGGUGGAGACUAUCAUUGUCUGGCACAUUGCCACCUGCCUCUACAAGAUGAAGCACCCGUCGUUGCUGCCGUCGCGGCAGCAGCCUCAGCAGUCUGAAGACCAUGACACGCAAGCGAACCGUAGGAUCGCUGAGACGCUGUCCAAGUACUGUACGUACCUGGUGGCGCUCGCACCGGAGCUGCUGCCCGACGACGCGGCUGCAACGGCGACCGCGUACAAGACUGCGGUGGGGGAAAUUCAGAAUGCUCUAUUGAAAGGGCACGAUCGUAAGUUGGACGAUUUUGAGCGAGUGACGAGUAUGAGGAAGGCGAACGGGACAGCGGCGGAGAGGGGAGCGGAGCUCGGGCAUCAGCUGGUGGCGGUGGCGGAUGACCGGCUGGUGUGGAAGGUGCUAGCAGAACUGUGGACGGAGAUCGUGGUCUACAUCGCGCCGUCAGACGACGUCAAGAGCCACGCGCAAGCGCUGGCGCACGGCGGCGAGUUCAUCACCCACAUCUGGGCGUUGCUUACUCAUGGCGGCGUUCUCCGGUGGUCCACUGCCGACGAGAACGCUCCUCCUCCUCCUCCUUCCGCUGAUCAGUCUCCGGUGUGA